GGGGGUGCGCGUCCCGGGCGGUUCGGCUCAACAGACGCUGGUCUGCCGGCGCCGGGGUGCGACGCCGCGUUUGUCGCCACGGCCCGGGCUGGGACGAGGCGGAGGCAGCGGCCGGGACAGCAGACGGUCGCCCCCUUGCAGUGCGGCCGCGGCGGCUGCGCCAGGGUCCCCAGGAGGCGGCACGGGGCGUGAAUGCUCUGGGGGCUCAGCCAGGCCUGCGUGGGCCCGAGGCUGGAGGAACCGGGGCUACGGCGUCGCGGUAUUGAAACACAGGCGCAUAUCGUGAAGGCACUAGCACCUCCUACCAUUGUCAACUGAUUCUGGAAAUCCGUUAACUCCACUCUUUGAGCACUUAUGAAUAACCACGUAUCUUCAAAACCAUCUACCAUGAAGCUAAAACAGACCAUCAAUCCCAUUCUUUUGUAUUUCAUACAUUUUCUGAUAUCACUUUAUACUGUUCUAACAUACAUUCCAUAUUAUUUUUUGUUUGAGACAAGACAAGGAAAAGCAAACAAAAUCAAAGCAAAGCCUGUAAGUUCAAAACCCGAGUCUGCAUACAGAUCUAUUAACAGUUUGGAUGGUUUGGCUUCAGUAUUAUACCCUGGAUGUGACACGCUAGAUAAAGUUUUUAUGUAUGCAAAAAACAAAUUUAAGGACAAAAGACUCUUGGGAACACGUGAAAUUUUAAAUGAGGAAGAUGAAGUACAACCAAAUGGAAAAAUUUUUAAAAAGGUUAUUCUCGGAAACUAUAAUUGGCUGUCCUAUGAUGAUGUCUUCGUGAAAGCUUUUAAUUUUGGAAAUGGUUUACAGAUGUUGGGUCAGAAACCAAAGACCAACAUCGCCAUCUUCUGUGAAACCAGAGCCGAAUGGAUGAUUGCCGCGCAGGCGUGCUUUAUGUAUAAUUUCCAGCUUGUUACGUUGUAUGCUACUCUAGGAGGUCCAGCUAUCGUUCAUGGAUUGAAUGAAACAGAGGUGACCAACAUCAUUACUAGUAAAGAACUCUUGCAAACAAAGUUGAAGGAUAUAGUUUCGUUAGUCCCGCGCCUGCGGCACAUCAUCACUGUGGACGGUAAGCCGCCAACGUGGUCUGAGUUCCCCAAGGGCGUCAUCGUGCACACCAUGGCUGCGGUGCAGGCCCUGGGAGCCAAGGCCAGCACAGAGAACAAACCUCUUAGCAAACCAGGGCCCUUAGAUAUUGCAGUAAUCAUGUAUACGAGUGGAUCGACGGGACUUCCGAAGGGUGUCAUGAUCUCCCACAGUAACAUCAUUGCCGGCAUAACUGGGAUGGCGGAACGGAUUCCAGGACUGGGAGAGGAAGAUGUUUACAUUGGGUAUCUGCCUCUGGCCCACGUUUUAGAAUUAAGCGCUGAGCUUGUCUGUCUUUCUCACGGAUGUCGCAUUGGCUACUCUUCACCACAGACUCUAGCAGAUCAGUCUUCAAAAAUAAAAAAAGGAAGCAAAGGGGAUACGACCAUGUUGAAACCAACACUGAUGGCAGCUGUUCCGGAAAUCAUGGAUCGGAUCUACAAAAACGUCAUGAAUAAAGUGAACGAAAUGAGUAGUUUCCAGCGCAAUCUGUUUAUUCUGGCCUAUAAUUACAAAAUGGAACAGAUUUCCAAAGGCCGUGGUACUCCACUGUGUGACAGGUUUAUCUUCCGAAAAGUCCGAGGCUUGCUAGGUGGAAAUAUUCGGCUUCUCUUGUGUGGAGGUGCUCCACUUUCUGCAACCACACAGCGAUUCAUGAACAUCUGUUUCUGCUGUCCCGUUGGUCAGGGAUAUGGACUGACUGAAUCUUGUGGUGCGGGAACAAUCACAGAAGUGUGGGACUACAACACUGGCAGAGUGGGGGCACCAUUAGUUUGCUGUGAAAUCAAAUUAAAGAACUGGGAGGAAGGUGGAUACUUUAAUACUGAUAAACCACACCCCAGGGGUGAAAUUCUUAUUGGUGGCCAAAACGUGACAAUAGGCUACUACAAAAAUGAAGCAAAAACGAAAGCUGAUUUCUUUGAAGAUGAGAAUGGACAGAGGUGGCUUUGUACUGGAGAUAUUGGGGAGUUUGACCCUGAUGGUUGUUUAAAGAUUAUUGAUCGUAAGAAGGACCUUGUGAAACUGCAGGCCGGAGAAUAUGUUUCUCUUGGGAAAGUAGAGGCAGCUUUGAAGAACCUCUCCCUUAUAGAUAACAUCUGUGCGUAUGCAAACAGUUACCAUUCUUAUGUCAUUGGGUUUGUCGUGCCAAAUCAAAAGGAACUAACAGAACUCGCUCGAAAGAAAGGACUUCACGGGACUUGGGAGGAGCUGUGUAACAGCUGUGAAAUGGAAAACGAGGUUCUCAAAGUGCUUUCUGAAGCUGCUAUUUCAGCAAGUCUAGAAAAAUUUGAAAUUCCAGUAAAAAUUCGUUUGAGCCCGGAACCGUGGACCCCCGAAACUGGUCUGGUGACAGAUGCCUUCAAGCUGAAACGUAAAGAGCUUAAAACACAUUACCAGGCGGACAUUGAGCGAAUGUAUGGAAGAAAAUAGUUAUUCUCUUUCAGCAUCGUUUGCUACAGGGAGCUCAGAUCAAAUAGGAAAAUACUUGAAGUGCAUGUCUCCAACUGUGAGGCAAACCCCGUUCCUCGAAGUAAACCUAAACUGUUACUUCUCAUGAGGUCGCCGUUUUUACUGACAGGAUUAGUAAAACAUUAAGACAGCAAACUGGUGUCUGUCUCUUCUUUCUUCCCCUUUCCAACUUACCUUACCAUCUAGGACUGCACUUGUCAGCAUGAGGACUUUCUGAAUCAUUUUGGGGAACAGUGAUUUUAAAACCUCAAGUUUUUAAACAUGAUUUAUAUGUUCUGUAUAAUGUUCAGUUUGUAACUUUUUAAAGUUUGGAUGUAUAGAGGGAUAAAUAGGAAAUAUAAGAAUUGGUUAUUUUGGGGGGCUUUUUUACUUACAGUAUUUAAAAAUGCAAGGGUAUGGAUGUGAAAUUAUGUAAAUUCAAACGCUUAUGAAUCAAAUCAUUGUUGAACAAAAGAUUUGUUGCUGUGUAAUUAUUGUCUUGUAUGCAUUUGAGAGAAAUAAAUAUACCCAUACUUAUGUUUUAAGAAAUUGACACUUGUGAAUAUAUGCCUGGCAGCGUCUUCUAUAUAUAUUUAUUUUUUAUUAGGGAAGAAAAGGGCAGUUUGGUUGGUGCUGCAUGAAACAAGAUAGCACUGGGGGGUCAUGUUCAGUAGUAAAGAAGAAAACACAGCAGGUGUAGCACGGGUGGGUAAUUCGUCUCUGGUUCCUCACCCUCUGGGUAGUCAGGGCCUGCUAGUUAGCUUUGAAACUAGGAAAACGUCCAAACUCUUUCUUCGAGUUGGAAGCAAUUUUGAAAGUUAGGGUGGGGUGUAAGAAGCAAAGGAUGGAAAGCUGUUCUUUUUCAUCCAUCGUAUGUACACUGAGUUGUUGAUACUUAGAGCACCUCGGUCACGGAAAGAUACUCUAUCCACUCCUGUACUUUCAUAAAGUCUAGAUGUGUAACCCUCUGUCGCAUUUCAAAAUGAGGAUUCUUUCCUUGAUGGCUUGCACUGGUGUGUGAGUGUGUGUUGGCAGCUUACUAAAAAAGCACUUUAUCCUUUCUAUGAAAUAGAACCUUUCUACACCAGAAUAUGGAAACAGAGUGCUUCUGAUCCUGGCAUUCUUAGUAAGAUAUAUGAGAAUUUAGUUAACUUGAUACUGAGGUGAGUUAAGAUUUAAGUUGUCGGUUUUUAUGUGACUGUGGAAGUUAGUUAUGAUUCUAAAAACACUGCUUGUAUGGUACAUAGUGAGUCUUCAUAUCUGUUGUUUGCCUUGUUACUUGAGUAUUAUCAAGAGUAUAUUACACCAGUGAUUUGUGUUCAAAUCAAGACCUUGAAAAAAAAUCAUAGGAACCAUGUUUUCUAAAGUCCUCUUGGUUAUUUUCUUGAUUCUUACUUUAGCAUCAGAAGGCAAAAACUAAAGUUAAGAAUGUAGAUCUGUGUAGGACAGUGGAGUGCUGAGACCCUGGGCCCUGUAGUAGCUUCCUGGUCAUGUCGCGCACACCAUGUUUGGAGAUACCACAAUAUGGUGUCCGUUUCGAACUUCUGUUGUAUUUGUGUAUAUUUGUAUUAUGUUUAAGUGUGUUUCUCCUUGUCAUAGUUUAAAUUUUCAUAAAGUUUGGGAAGACUGCCAAGAAGUAAAACAAUGAUAUUAAACAGCUUCUCUUGUCAGGAUGUUGUGAUCUAAAGAUCAAGUCAGGGUGGGUGGAGAAUUUGUUUCUGGUGCUUUAUAUUGUUUGCUUUCAAAUGAUUUUUGAGAAGUUGUAUUUAGAAAAAAAGGUUCAGUGCUUCAAAGGAGAGAGAACAAUAUAAUGGUGACCGGAAACCGUGUCAGAGAAAUAAUGCCGCUUACCACGGAUGCUGGAUACAAGUUGUUUCUUUCCAGAAGCAUACAAUAUGGCCGAUUUAAUCUGCAUCUAGUUUCAUUUUUCUCAUUUUUUAGAAUUCCUUUCAGUCUUAGAAUCUCAAAUGCCAGGAGUCAUGUCAUAGCAGAGUACGAAAUUAUAUCAAGUAUCCUCCCCUUUCAAACAAAUCACUCUCUGACCCAGGCCAUCUCUAGUGACUUGAAAAGUGAUACCUUUUCAAAUUAACCUUUCAAAAAGAAAUGGUUUAACAACCAAAACCAAAACCCCACCCAACAGCGAUAAUUUUAUUAAAAUACUGGUUUAGCCAAAAGACGCUGGGGAGGAAGACUUUGAAGAAGGUCAAAGUCAGUUGCUAAAUCUAACACAUCUGGAAAUACCCUAAAAAGAAUGAUUCCUAAGAACUUCUCUGGAAGUAAGUUCCAUAAGACUUCUCAGCUUUUCCCGUGACCAUAAGUCUAGAGCUCUGGUUGGCGGUUCCCUCUGCGCGUCCUCUCAGCAGCUGUCCCCACCUCCCCUGCUGGGAUUUUUUAGCUUCAACUUUAUUAUAAAAUUUUUACCGACAGAACAAAACUGAAAGUGGUCUCUGUAAGUGCUACUUUGUUUUUUAAGUAAUGGAUCGGAUAUCCAUGGUGUUCUCUAAAGCUUGCGGUUUUUUUCAGCAAUGUUUAAAGAUGAUCCUGGAAUAACUUCUUUUUUAUUUUUUUUUGCUGCUAAAGUACACAACAUUUUAACAGUUUUUAAAGCAAUUAUUCCCUGUGAUACAACUUUAAAACUUAAAAUCUCUGAUGCGUGAGUUCUUUCGUUUGUAAGAAAAUGACGUACAUCUGUGAUCUAAAGGGCACUCACUUUUAACUGUGUACAUGCUGGGCCACACUGAAAUGUCAUGCGGUGUCAUGCAUCCUUUCUCUACGUUUACGCGAGUUCGUUUCUGAUGCGUUCUUGGUUAUUGCUGUUUUCUGCCUGAAGUGUACAUCAUAAGCAACAUAGCCACAUGGUAUGGACUAUUUAUUUGUAACUUGACAUCAAGUGUGAAAAAUAAAGAUAUGUAAAAAG